ACUUUUGCUUUGUUUCAUGUAGGUGCAAACAGGUGCUGUUGAUUUCCUACUCCGGGGAGAUCUGGCAACAGUUGCUUCUUGAGUUUGUUUCUGUCUUUUUCAUGUUCAUUGUUGAUAUAUAGUUGUAUUGACUUGUGUGGGAAUUAUGGUUAUGUAUGAAUUUGUGUUGAUUUCUUUUGUAUUUUGUUACUGUAAUUUGAUCCUUCUGUGAUUUUUGCCGAUCAAUCUCUUCAUAUCAUAUUUUAUCCUCUUCUUUUGGUUUGGUUGCCUUUGAACGGUGCGUUUCACUGAAUAAAAAUGAAAAUUUCUUAAAAUGUGGUGUGAACCCCAAUUGUCUCCUUUCGCCAUAUUUUCCGAUCAGUUGAAAUUUCGAAUCAGUCUGGAAGCGGACGCAGCCGAGCGAUUUGGAAGAGGAUUAGGAGUGCCAGCCGAUCGACGGCCGAGACGGCCUCUGCUCUCUGGAGGCCCAUUCUCUAGCCAUCGCCAACUCUAGAUAGAUAUAUAUAAGGAGUAUCCUGCAGGCAUCCUAAAAUUAAGAGUUUGUUAAAUAGAUAUAUGACCCAAGACACAUCUUCAGACGAGGCUUUUGUUGUUAUGGCUGGUGUAAGUGCUCGUUUUAUUUGCUUCUAGAGCCUAAGAGUUGUUGUUGAAUCAUGACAAAUAUCUUUACAUACUGUUAUUAUUAUAGUGUGAUCUUCAUGGAUCAUUUCUUUUUUCUGGAUAAAAGCUAAGAUAAAGAAAGUCACAUCAAUCAAAUAGUCCAUCUCUUUGGCUCUGGUGUUGUAGAGUAUACUUCAGAUUUCAGUGAUGGUUAUAAGGAACAAAUUCUCAGUUUUGGGACCAGACACCCAAGAGGAAAGGCUCAGAGGACCUGGAAAAUUCUUAUUGGAGAUUGCCAUAUCAGUUAUGGAUGUUAAAAUGCAUGGUUUGUGUGUUGAUGCUGCUAUCACUGGCAUAAUGACUCCUCCAUUAGCAGAGCUCCAGGUGAUUCCUAAUAUAAUUACCCUGCCACUUGCAAAUGGAUUCUAUAGAAGUUCUUCAAAUGGUCUAAAAGGUUUUGAGUAAUUGUUGGGUACAUGAUUUCCAAAAUAGUUUAAGCAUAGAAACUAUAUGUAUUCUUACAGUCAGUACAUCCAAAGUUUAUCUGUUGGUUUAUUCUUUGUUGGCUGGCCUGAUCCGACCUGACUUCAAGAUCCGACACCAAAUUUUAAUACACAGGUAAAAGUGAAAAGAUUAUUAUUUAUUUAUUUUUUUAAUUUUCUUGAGAUGUUAACCUAGAAGUGUUUAAAAUAUUGAUGAUUUUUGCUUAACUACUCAACUAGAUAUUUUUGCUUACAGAUGACAAUGGUAUAUCCUGCAGGCAUCCUAAACUUAGAGUCUGUUGAACAAAGAGAGGCAUCCUAAAAUAUAAAUGUCUUUACAUUUU